AUGAAAAUAGAUGAAAAAUCGAGUGCUGGUUCUUCUCACUGGACUGAUCAACAAGCGUCUGCUAUUACAUCUGAUACGAAUAAAAAAAUUAAUAUUUUAAAUGUAACUAUUAUCAAGACUAAAAUGCAGGACUCCGUAAAUAAAGGAGCAAAAUGUUCAGCACCUGAGAAAAAUUUGAAUUUCUCAGAAAUCCUGAACACGAGAAUCAAGACCAAACAGGAAGGCAUUAAAUUAUAA